AUGAAGGUCCGGUGGGCCGGUCCAGCGAAGCCGGGGGGGUUCAACGGGCGUUCACCAGCCGUGCGGCGCGCGUCCGAGGAGCCAGGUGGCAUUUACAUUCACGCGGAGCCCCCCGUCCUCCGGAGGGCCAACGCACGUGAACGAUGGGGGGGGCACGGGCGGCGACCCGGGCCCGACGCUCAACCGGAGAGGGGCCUAAACGGAGCACACCCACGGAUCAUUGACCCGGUUGACGGCGACGCCCGAGACAGGACAGCGCCCCGUACAACUCAUGGCCGGAACCCGGAACUGACGGAACGGCGCUCGGGAAAGGGAGUCGACGCCAGAACUCGCAGCCGCUAUAGGACGACCACAGGCACGAACCCACCCAGAAACGCACGGGCCGGAAAACAGGACGGGAGAGCGACCCCGCGACAACGAGAUGAGUCUGCGACGACUCGUUACUAG